AUGAUCCCAUUCCGCAUUUUCUUGCGGUCGCCCGCCCUCCGCGCUGCACACCAUCUGCCGCCAGCUCGCUCUCUCGUCGGCGUUUCCUCACCCUCCUCCACCCUCCCCCGACCCAGAGCGCGAAUACCCCCCCUCCCGACAACGCGAAAUGCCGUGAAGCCUCGAUUCUUCUCUCAGACCGCUCGACGACCCCAUCCGCCACCCACGGGCGGCUACGAUCCCCGCAACCCCGCGCAUCGCGAGAUCCUCCACGAAUACCGCCUGCGCACCGCGCGGCCCCUCGUCACCGUAGAGAACCUCAGGCGCCUCGCCAAGUCGCGCCUCACGCACGUCGCCGUCGCCGUCCUCUGCCUCUGGUGCGCCGGCUACGUCUACUACAACAUCCAGACCGUGCCCGUCUCGGGCCGCCGGCGCUUCAACUGCUACUCGGAGGCGUCGAUCAACAAGCUCUCGGAACAGCAAGUCAGGCACGUCAUCUACGAGAUUGAGUCGCAGGGCGGCCGGUUCCUCCCGUCGUGGGACCCGCGCUCCCAGAUGGUGGCGCGCGUCAUGCGCCGCCUGAUACCCGUGUCGGGGCUCGACAGCCAGGAGUGGGAGGUCCGCGUCAUCGACGACCCGCACACGCUCAACGCCUUCGUGCUGCCCGGCGGCAAGGUCUUCGUGCACAGCGGGAUCCUCCGCAUGACACGCAACGAGGACGGGCUGGCGGCCGUGCUGGGCCACGAGAUCGCGCACAACCUCGCGCAGCACGUCGGCGAGCGCAUGAGCUCCUCAUUCGCGUCCAACCUUCUUCUGGGGGGCCUCGUCGCGCUGUCGGGGUGGCUUCCGCCGGCAAUCAUACUCACACACUACCUGGGGUCGGGGCUGAUGGAUUAUCUCUUCUCGCGGCCCAUGAGCCGGGUGCAGGAGAGCGAGGCCGAUUACAUCGGGAUGAUGCUCAUGGCGGAGGCAUGUUACGAUCCGCGGGAGGCCAUCGCGUUUUGGAGACGGAUGGACGCGGAGGCCACGAGGGAGCAGACACACGUGCCCGAUUUCUUGAGCACACAUCCUUCGAACGAACAACGAGUCGAGAAGUGCAAGGAGUGGAUGCCCAAAGCCAUCGAAAGGUGGGAGGCCAGCGACUGCAACGGGACGGCCAGGUUCGCCAACGUGUUUAGACGGGCGUUGAAUCGGGGAUUCAUAAUUUCGGAACUCUAG